AUGGCGACAGACAGCAGCAUGCCUGGGACAGUCAUUGGCAAGGCCGAAUUCUCUGACACCAAAGCCGCCAGCGAAUUUGGUACCGAUCUAUCGCGAUGGCGGCUCAACGUCGACAACGGCCGGCACAUGUGGGAAUAUCUAGAGUCCGAGGACGAAGCCAGAAAACGACCGCAAAGUUUCCUGGAAAAGUACUGGCUCGGUCUACCGUAUGAGCUCCCCGCGCGGCCUCGCGCUACCUGCGCCCUAGAGGCUGUGGAAAACGGAUGGGAAUUCUUCAAACGCCUGCAGACAGCCGAUGGACACUGGGGAUGCAACGAUGACGGCCCCCUGUUCGUCACCAGCGGGAUGGUCAUUGCGAGGUACAUCGUGGGAAUCCCGAUAGACUCCCACAUGAAACAGGAGAUGUGCCGGUACUUACUCAAUGUGGUCAACGAGGACGGCGGAUGGGGUCUCUUCAUCCAGUCCCCGUCGACCGUCUUUGGGACGGUGAUGAACUAUUGCAUGUUGAGGAUCCUGGGCUUGGGGCCGGAGCAUCCAGCGAUGGCAAAGGCGCGCAAUACCCUGCACCGACUGGGAAGCGCGAGGGCCACCCCGACCUGGGGCAAAUUCUGGCUGUGCGUUCUCGGCGUGUACGAGUGGGAAGGGAUGGUUCCCCUGCCACCGGAGCCGUUGCUCGUGCCUGCAAGCUUACCCUUUAAUCCGGGGAAAUGGUGGGUACACACUCGGAAUGUCUACAUCAGCAUGAGCUAUCUAUAUGGCCAUCGAUUCUCGAUGCCGCCCAACAAACUCGUGCAGGCUCUGCGCGACGAGCUCUACGACAUCCCCUAUCAGCAGAUCAACUGGCCAGCGCAGCGCACCAACGUUAGCGCUGCGGACCGUCUCACAGAUCCAACCUGGAUCCAACGCAGUUUUACCUCUGCUCUGACGAUGUACGAGACCUUCAAGAUUCCCUUCCUGCGGCGUCGCGCGCUCAACGAAGCUCUGUUCCAGAUCGAAACGGAAACUCGCAACACCCACUACCUGUGCAUCGCGCCCGUGAGCUUCGCCUCAAACAUGCUGGCGCUGUAUCACGCCCACGGCCGAGAUAGCCACUGGAUCCGGGGCAUGCGCGACCGGUUCAUCGACCCUAUGUGGCUGUGCCGCGAGGGUCUGGCCGCCUCCGGCACCAAUGGGACCUCGCUAUGGGAUACGGCGUUGACAGUGCAGGCCACCAUCGACGCCGGACUGGCCGCGCGGCCCGAAAACCAGGCUAUCCUACGCAAAGCCCUCGAAUUCAUUGACAACUCUCAAAUCCGCGAAGAUCCCCUCGGUGUGCACCACGUUUACCGGCAGCCGACUCGCGGCGCUUGGCCUUUCAGCACCCGCGACCAAUCCUACGCCGUGUCGGACACCACCGCGGAGGCCGUCAAGGUCAUCGUGCUCCUGCAGCGGAUUGAGGGCUUCCCUUCUCGCAUCUCCGAUGAGCGGCUCCAGCAGGCCAUCGAUCUAAUACUGGGAAUGGAGAAUGCCGGUGGUGGGUUCUCGGCGUAUGAGCCCGUGCGGGGGCCAAAGUUCCUGGAACUGCUCAACAUCACCGAACUGUACGAGAACGUCAUGACGGAUAACCUGUAUCCGGAAUGUACCAGCUCCGUGAUCAUGUGUCUGACGACGUUCGCUCGGGAGUAUCCUACCUACCGACCACGGGAUAUCCAGGCCUGCCUUUCCCGGAGUAUCGACUACCUGCUGCGGUCUCAGUACCCGAAUGGCGGCUGGUUCGCCAGUUGGGGAGUCUGUUUCACGUAUGCGACCAUGUUUGCGCUUCAGGGACUGGCCUGCAUGGGUUGGAACGAGUCCAACUGCGCCGCAUGCCAGCGGGCUUGCAGUUUCUUGCUGCAGCACCAGAAUCCAGAUGGCGGGUGGGGUGAAAGCUUGGAUACCGUUCGGUUCAAGCAGUACCUCCCCCAUCCAGACGGGAGCCAGGUGACUAAUACCGCCUAUGCGGUGAUAGGAUUGCUAGCGGCACGAUGUGGGAACCAUGAGGCCAUUCGUCGUGGUGUGGCAUAUCUUGUGAAGGAGCAGCAAGAUACCGGGGAGUGGUUGCCGGGGCCGCUGGAAGGAGUGUUUGCUCCUCCUGGGGGGAUGCGGUAUCCAAAUUACAAGUUUCACUUCACAUUAAUGGCGCUGGGAAGGUAUGUUGCGAUCCAUGGAAAUGAAUGUCUAGCUAUAUAA